GUAGUGUACUGUAGUCUGUGACAUGAAUUUUAGUGGUAGGCUUUUCACACGACAACCGUAUUUUCAUUCAAGGGAGCAAACACAGUUAAUUAGUAGGAAUGAAAUAACCCUAACACUGUAUUUUAAGUACCAACACCACUUUUGCUCUAUGCACAUUCUGUCUUGUCCCAGUUGAGCUACAGCUGUGUAGGCUUCACUUUUUCUGUUGAGUGGACACUGGAGCACGGAUUAUAAUGGAAGGAUUACGCGCAACCGGUUAUCCCUCAUACAGGCACAGGUAAUCCAAUCACUGGUAACCUUCCAGCGUGGUUCGGACAACUCAUUUUCUCUGGAAUAGCAGCACAGUGAAGUCACAAAAACGGCACAAUGAGGCCUCAGUGGAAAGGCAGGUGACAGAAUGCCAUUCAUUAUACGAGGAAGACCCCUAAGGGGGGCACAGUAUGCCAGCAACAAAAGGACCACUUCCUCUGCUGAUGCCUCAGCCCUCUGGUCGGAAAGCCAAACUCAUCUGCACCAACUCAGUCCACCUGAGACCCUGCACGCCCCCGCCACCAGUGGCAAGCCUGUUGGCUCAUCUUAUGGCCUGCUGGGAUCAAAGAGUGGCACCCAUGUACCCGGUGGCACUAGUUCCGUUGUCAGCCCGGUCCUCGCUUGGCAUGCAGCCAUCAACGCCGCUCGCCAAGCUCAGGGUGAUGUGACGAAGCCUGACAUGAGUCCGCAGCGCUCAGCGUGUACGACCGGAGCAGCUCCCGUCGGCUCGCUGGCACAGAGAAAGAGGCAGCAGUAUGCUAAGAGCAAAAAACAGGGCGGGUCGACUAACAACAGGCCGCCCCGAGCGUUGUUCUGCCUCACCCUCAACAACCCCAUCCGCAGGGCCUGCAUCAGCCUGGUGGAGUGGAAACCAUUUGAUAUAUUUAUACUGCUGUCUAUUUUCGCCAACUGCGUGGCCUUAGCCAUCUAUAUCCCUUUCCCGGGAGAUGACUCCAAUUCUACCAACCAAGAGCUGGAAACAGUCGAAUAUGCCUUCCUGAUCAUUUUCACCAUCGAGACAUUUCUGAAGAUUAUUGCCUACGGCCUGGUCAUGCACCAGAACUCCUAUGUCAGAAAUGGCUGGAACAUGCUGGACUUUGUCAUCGUCAUCGUUGGUUUAUUCAGUGUGGUCCUGGAGAUGAUAACCAAAGACGCUGACUCGGGCGGCCAGUCGGGAGGCAAGUCUGGGGGGUUUGACGUCAAGGCCCUCCGAGCUUUUCGCGUGCUUCGCCCUCUUCGCCUUGUCUCUGGGGUUCCAAGUCUGCAGGUGGUUCUGAACUCAAUCAUUAAAGCCAUGGUCCCCUUGCUUCACAUCGCUCUACUGGUCCUCUUUGUCAUCAUCAUCUACGCCAUCAUCGGCCUCGAGCUCUUCAUUGGCAAAAUGCACGCUACCUGCUAUGUGAUAAAAACAGGUGCCCUGGCAGAAGACGAGCCAACACCAUGUGCGGUGUCCGGCAACGGUCGCCACUGCGCACUCAACACGACAGUGUGCAGAGAAGGCUGGCAAGGUCCCAACAAUGGCAUCACCAACUUUGACAAUUUCUUGUUUGCCAUGCUCACCGUGUUCCAGUGUAUUACUAUGGAGGGCUGGACCGACGUACUCUACUGGAUGAACGACGCAAUGGGCUUUGAGCUGCCGUGGGUCUACUUUGUCAGUCUGGUCAUCUUUGGUUCUUUCUUUGUUCUUAACUUGGUUUUGGGUGUCCUCAGUGGAGAGUUCUCCAAAGAGCGAGAGAAGGCCAAGGCACGAGGUGACUUUCAGAAGCUGCGUGAGAAGCAGCAGCUCGAGGAAGACCUGAAGGGUUACCUGGACUGGAUCACUCAGGCUGAAGACAUUGAUCCUGAGAACGAGGAGGAGGGAGAUGAGGAGGCAAAGCGCAACCGGGUCACAUUAGCGGACCUCACCGAGAAGAAGAAGGGAAAGUUUGGCUGGUUCACGCAGUCCAAUGAGACACAGGCGAGCGUGCCGACAAGCGAGACCGAAUCUGUCAACACCGACAAUCACAGCGAGGAUGACAAAUGGCUCUGCUGUGCUCCUUUGUGUAAAAAAAUUACUAAGUCAAAGUGCAGUCGUCAGGGGCGACGGUGGAAUCGUUUCUGUCGCAGGAAGUGUCGUGCCGCAGUGAAAUCUGUGACGUUUUACUGGCUGGUCAUCAUUUUGGUGUUCCUCAAUACUCUUACCAUCGCCUCAGAGCACUAUAACCAACCGGACUGGCUCACCGAAGUUCAGGAUGUCGCUAACAAGGUUCUCCUGGCCAUGUUUACUUUGGAGAUGCUGGUGAAGAUGUACAGUUUGGGGCUGCAGGCCUACUUUGUGUCGCUGUUCAAUCGCUUUGAUUGUUUUGUGGUGUGCGGAGGUAUCAUCGAGACUAUCCUAGUGGAGCUGGCCAUCAUGUCUCCGCUUGGCAUCUCUGUUUUCCGCUGCGUCCGUCUCCUGAGGAUCUUUAAGGUCACACGCCACUGGGCAUCACUGAGUAAUUUGGUGGCCUCUCUGCUCAACUCCAUGAAGUCCAUUGCCUCCCUGUUACUGCUUCUCUUCCUCUUCAUCAUCAUCUUCUCCCUGCUGGGUAUGCAGCUUUUCGGUGGCAAGUUUAACUUUGACGAGACGGUCACCAAACGGAGCACAUUCGACAACUUUCCUCAGGCCCUACUCACUGUCUUCCAGAUUCUGACAGGAGAAGACUGGAAUACGGUGAUGUACGAUGGGAUCAUGGCGUAUGGCGGUCCAGCGUCAUCUGGAAUGGUGGUCUGCAUUUAUUUCAUCAUCCUCUUCAUCUGUGGAAACUAUAUUCUCCUGAAUGUGUUCUUGGCCAUUGCUGUCGACAACCUCGCCGAUGCUGAGAGCCUCAACACGGCCCAGAAGGAAGAAGAAGAGGCCAAGAAGAGGAGGAACAGUGCCAAAGAGGCGGCUACAGAACACCGAGUAGAAAUAGUACAAGACACUGAUGGCGAGACAAAGGUGCCAGUCGAGCUCCUGCUGGGGGAGGACAAAGAACUUUAUUCUGCCAUUGACUCACCAGUGUGUUGUGUGGAUGACGACAACAACGACCUCCCAGAAGUCCCAGUUGGGCCCCGGCCUAAGAGGCUGUCAGUGCUCACCAUCAAGGAAAAAACUCCUCCCAUCCCUGAGGGCAGCGCCUUUUUCAUCUUCAGCAGCACCAACCCGUUUCGCGUGUUCUGCCAUAGGCUGAUCAACCAUCAAAUCUUCACCAACCUCAUUCUGGUCUUCAUCAUGCUCAGUUCUGUGUCUUUGGCCGCCGAGGACCCCAUACGCAACUUCUCUGCACGCAAUAUUAUACUUGGUUAUUUUGACUAUGCUUUCACGGCAAUCUUUACUGUUGAGAUCCUGUUUAAGAUCCUAGGCUAUGCAGACUAUGUCUUCACUAGUAUGUUUACAUUUGAGAUCCUUAUUAAGAUGACGGCAUUUGGAGCGUUCCUACAUAAAGGAGCUUUCUGUCGGAACUACUUCAACCUAUUGGACCUGUUGGUCGUUGGAGUGUCUCUGGUCUCCUUUGGUAUUCAGUCUUCUGCAAUCUCAGUCGUGAAGAUUCUUCGUGUUUUGCGAGUCCUCCGGCCACUCAGGGCCAUCAACAGAGCCAAAGGACUUAAGCAUGUGGUCCAGUGCGUGUUUGUCGCCAUCAGGACCAUCGGCAACAUCAUGAUCGUCACCACGCUGCUGCAGUUUAUGUUUGCUUGCAUUGGAGUGCAGCUUUUCAAGGGUAAAUUUUAUCGCUGCACAGACGAUGCAAAGUCCAGCCCCGAGGAGUGCAAGGGAACGUACAUUCUCUACAACAAUGGAGACACCGCAAUGCCCGUGGUCAAGGAGCGGCUCUGGUACAACAGUGACUUCAAUUUUGAUAAUGUCCUCGUGGCCAUGAUGGCGCUCUUCACCGUCUCCACAUUCGAAGGAUGGCCCACUCUCUUAUACAAGGCCAUCGACUCGAACCGUGAAAACAUGGGUCCCAUCUACAACUACCGCAUUGAGAUAUCCAUCUUCUUUAUCAUCUACAUCAUCAUCAUUGCCUUCUUCAUGAUGAACAUCUUUGUUGGUUUUGUUAUUGUCACCUUCCAGGAGCAGGGUGAGAAAGAAUACAAGAACUGUGAGCUGGACAAAAACCAGCGCCAGUGUGUGGAGUAUGCUCUUAAAGCCCGCCCCCUGCGUCGCUACAUACCCAAAAACCCAUACCAGUACAAGUUCUGGUAUGUGGUCAACUCCACCGGAUUUGAGUAUGUCAUGUUUGUCCUAAUCAUCCUCAACACCUUGUGUCUGGCGAUACAGCACCAUGGACAGUCUCACCUCUUCAAUUAUGCCAUGGACAUCCUGAACAUGGUCUUUACUGGCGUGUUCACUGUUGAGAUGAUCUUCAAGCUCAUUGCCUUCAAGCCCAGGGGCUAUGUCGGAGACGCCUGGAAUGUCUUUGACGCCCUGGUGGUGAUUGGCAGUGUAGUCGACAUCAUACUCAGCCAGAACUAUUUUGCUGAUGCAUGGAACACGUUUGAUGCCUUAAUUGUUGUCGGUAGCGUGGUUGACAUUGCCAUCACUGAGAUCAAUUCGGCAGCGCUCCCUGUCGUCAAGGUGAUAGUGGAACAAGGGAACACCGAAGACAGCGCUCGCAUCUCUAUCACCUUCUUCCGCCUCUUUCGAGUGAUGCGAUUGGUGAAAUUGUUGAGCAGGGGGGAUGGCAUCCGGACGCUGCUGUGGACCUUCAUCAAAUCCUUUCAGGCUCUCCCUUAUGUUGCACUUCUGAUAGCCAUGCUGUUCUUCAUCUAUGCAGUCAUCGGAAUGCAGGUUUUUGGAAAAAUAGCCAUGGUGGAUGGAACACAAAUCAACCGCAACAAUAACUUCCAAACGUUCCCUCAGGCUGUCCUCAUGCUCUUCAGAUGUGCCACCGGCGAGGCCUGGCAGGAGAUCAUGCUGGCCUGUCUUCCCGGGAAGUUGUGUGAUACCGAGUCGGACUACAACCCCGGCGAGGAGCGAACUUGUGGCAGUGGCUUCGCCAUCAUCUACUUCAUCACCUUCUACAUGCUUUGCGCUUUUCUGAUUAUUAACCUGUUUGUUGCCGUCAUCAUGGAUAACUUUGACUAUCUCACCCGGGAUUGGUCCAUUCUUGGGCCGCAUCAUCUUGAUGAAUUUAAACGGAUCUGGUCCGAAUACGACCCAGAAGCAAAAGGCAGGAUAAAACACCUGGAUGUGGUGACAUUGCUAAGGAGGAUCCAACCUCCUCUUGGCUUUGGCAAACUCUGCCCACACAGGGUGGCCUGCAAGCGUCUCGUUGCGAUGAACAUGCCUCUGAACAGCGAUGGCACAGUUAUGUUUAAUGCCACCUUGUUCGCGCUGGUGCGCACUGCUCUCAAGAUUAAAACAGAAGGUAACCUGGAACAGGCUAAUGAGGAGCUGAGAGCUGUGAUCAAGAAGAUCUGGAAAAGGACCAGCAUGAAGCUGUUGGAUCAAGUAGUGCCUCCUGCAGGCGACGACGAGGUAACGGUGGGGAAGUUCUAUGCCACCUUCCUGAUACAGGACUACUUCAGGAAGUUCAAGAGGCGCAAAGAGAAAGGCCUUGUGGGUCAGCGGCGCUCAUUCAUCAGGAUUAACAGCACCAUGGCGCUGCAGGCUGGCCUGCGCACGCUGCAUGACAUCGGGCCUGAGAUCCGUCGAGCCAUAUCAUGUGACUUGCAGGACGAGGGGCUUGUCGAUUUGACAGAGGAGGAAGAUGAGGGAAUUUGCAGGCGCAAUGGCGGCCUUUUCGGUAACCAUGUCAACCACGUCGAUACGAGUCUUCAAGGCUCCGCCCACCCAACCACUGUCACUCAACGUCCUCUACAGAUCCUCCCAUUUUCCUGCAGUGCCUCUACAGAACCCGCCCAAAUGGGCCUGAGUGAUGAUGACAGAAGCCAAAAGUCAGAAAUAAACUCGUCACUUGUCCAGUAUAAUCAUCAUCAAAUGUCUCAUCAGUCCGACUACUCCUGCUUUAAUUCCAAUCACCAACAAUCACCCGUACCCUCCAAUGCCAACCUCAACAAUGCCAAUGUGCCCAUGCUUCUGUCUGUGACCCGCGGGAGGCAGCAAAAACAUUUGCUGGCGACAGACCGCCUGUCCUCCACCAAAACGGGCUCACCCAUGUCCACCCGCAGCAAACCUUGGAAGUCGCUCUCCAUGAGGAGGCACCGCUAUGAGACCUACAUUAGGUCAGAGAUCAGCAGGGGUCGCCAACCCGCCGCGCAGACAUCCGAGCCAGUGGAAGUGGACAGUGAUGAGGAGCAAGGCUCAGGAGAGUACUACUACAGCGGGGACGAGUCUCAUGAAGAUGACAUCAUGCUCACUAAGGACAGGCUGUCAAAUAAAGAGUCUUGCAACGUGGAGGGCGAUUCGGACGCCGAGUCGGAUUGUUUCUAUGACGAUGACCAGCAGCCCAUAUGCCAAGACAGCAGGCAGUCGCCUCGGAGAUGGCUUUUAGCAUCACCGCAAGCCCUCAAUAGACCGACCUUCAGUUUUGAGUGUCUUCGCAGAAGAAGUAAUCAGGAGGAUGCUCCGCCCUCUCCUUCCUGCACUGCUCUUCCAUUGCACUUGCUGCAGCAACAGGUCAUGGCGGUGGCUGGCCUGGAUGCCAGUAAACUUCAACGACUCUCUCCCACGCGGUCGGUCCUUUCCUGGGCAACGCCCCCAGCUUCCCCUCUCGCCUAUGAUUCUUCGCCCUGCUACACGCCACUCAUACAGGUGGACUGGCGGAGCUCAGGCAGCGUGGGCAACAUCCCAGCCUCGAUAAAGAGGAGUUCCUGGUACACAGAUAGAAACGACAGCGCAUUCAGCCGCGGCCACUCGCCCUCACGACUCCAGCUUCCCGCUGAGAGUUGCUCACAUUUCUUGCAGAAGCGAGGCAGCGCCAACAGUCUAGUGGAGGCUGCGUUGAUCUCGGAGGGUUUGGGAAAAUACGCCAGGGACCCCAAUUUUGUGUCGGCCACCAAGCACGAGAUAGCGGACGCCUGCGAGAUGACCAUUGACGAGAUGGAGAGCGCCGCCAGUAAUCUCCUAAACGGCAGCCUGGCUGACCCCGGCGACGUCGGGGCCGCUAGCUCGGACCCCGCCGUGCACAACAUGCGUGACUACAGCGACGAGGAGACUUACGCUGCCGUCAAACGAGAGGAGGACCUCACAGACGAGAUGAUUUGCGUCACGUCGCUAUAGCAGCGGCCCUUUGUUUUUAUUUAUCGAUUGAUUCCAAUUGGCGUCCUGCUGCUUUUUUUCCACACCGGGUGGACCGUUGUUCCUCUCACGAUAGACGACAUGAGAAUGAAGUGCCUUGUUUUCUCUUUCUACAGGGACAUGGAACAGAAGACCUCUGAAGAAAACAAAUAUUGAAAGUAGAACAUUGAAUUGAUGUUGUAUUGGAUUUAUUUACGUCUCCAAGAACGGUGACAGUUGUUCAAGACCAGAGAAAUCUUCUUGCUUGCUCCGCAAAGCCAUUCCGAAUCCUAUGAAUUCACUUUGAAAACAACAUGAGAGGUGAUCAUUUGUGGUGAUGAAACUGCGUGUGUACUGUGUGUCGGAUGAAACAAAGAUUCAUGUUGUUAGCUAUGAGUCAGGCUGAGAUCAGAUUCAAAAAAUGUUUUCUUGCACAAUACCGUUAUGUUUAUCUGUAAUGCAGUGGAAUCGCUGAAGCGAAACAUCCCCCCAACCCCUGAAAAGAAUGCUCAUCCAGAUUUAUAAUUUUUCUUGCGUUGCCAUCACUGGUAGCCUUCCA